CUCUCCAGCUUUAUAGCUGUGGGACGCAGCUCCUGAAGCCAGCAAGUACUGCUACCCCUGGGGCUGGAAACAUGUUCCGUGAAGCCAGAGAAGUUCGCUUUCUCCUGGGAUUUUCUGUGCUUUUCAUCGCCUCUCACACAGAAGCCAAGACGAAAGUUCGUCAAGACAUGUUCUGCAUAUUUCACGGUAAGAAAUAUGGCCCAGGAGACAGCUGGCAUCCUUACCUAGAACCUCAAGGAAUUGUAUACUGCAUACGAUGCACCUGUUCAGAGGGUGGGAAUGUGAGCUGUUACAGAAUAAAGUGUCCAGUUCUUCAUUGUGUCCACACGGUCACCGAACCUCACCAGUGUUGCCCAAGAUGUAUUGAGCCACACUCACCGUCUGGUCUCAGAGCGCCUGUGAAAUUUUGCCAGCAUAACGGAACAACCUACCAGCAGGGCGAAAUGUUUACCACGUACGACCUCUUCCCCUCACGGCAGUCCAACCAGUGUGUGCAGUGCAGCUGUUCGGAUGGACAGAUCUACUGUGGGUUAGUGACGUGCCCGGAGUUGGUUUGUUCCUCUCCACUUACUGUCCCAGAUUCCUGCUGUCCAGUCUGUAGAGACAGCUCAUAUGAAAGAUCAGGAGAAGAGGAACAACUCCAGUUAAACAGAGGUGUUAGGCAUUCUCAGGACCAGUGUCUGACUGAGCUUCUCAACAAAAGGUCUCCGGGUGCCACGGCGUCCUCCCUUAUCAGCUCAUCACUUGGCUUCAAUCCCCGGAGCUUCAAACAGAAAGGUGGUGGAGGAGGCACAACAGUGAAAAUUCUGAUGAAAGAAAAGCAUAAAAAAGCCUGUGUUUACAAUGGGAAAACCUAUUCACACGGGGAGGUCUGGCACCCAGUUUUUCGCACCUUUGGUGCCAUCCCAUGCAUCAUAUGCACCUGUAAAGACGGGACGCAGGACUGCCAGCGAAUCACCUGUCCGGAGGAAUACCCAUGCGAAUUUCCAGAGAAGCAGGAAGGAAAAUGCUGUAAAGUUUGCCAAGAUGAUAAGAUGAAUCCCACAGAUGAAACCCCAACCACCAGGUGUGUUAAAAGCCCAAACAAGAUCUUAGUUUAUAUGUACAUGUCACCCACCACUGGAGGACAGAAAGAAAUUCUACGGAAAAUCGCCAUUGAGAAGGAGGCAUCGGAGGAUGUCGAAAUAUACGUUUGGAAAAUGGUUAAAGGGAUAUUCCAUUUGAUCCAAAUUAAAAAAGUGGCAAAACAGGACUUCAAGCAAGAGGCAGAAAAUUUCAGACUUGUAACCAGAACAAGUGAAGGUCAGUGGAACAUUUUCAGGCCCCAACCUCCUGACCUAAAUAUGACGGAAAGUCCGGAAAAGGAAGCAGAGAACUUAUAAAUACUAAUACAAAAUCAGAAUUAAAGUUGAACAAGCAGCACAGAUCUGAAAAGACCACAAAUGUAAAAAAUAAAUAAAAAAUUAUAUAAAAUAUACAAAAGUGUGAGAUGGUUGGAACCCAGAAGAGGACUCUUGCAUUGAA